CACGCACACGCGAGACUCAAGAGUUUGCAUCCAUUUUCUUCAGCAUUCGCGUUUAUCUAAAAUAAUUCAUUUUUGUGGUGAAAUUUGCAAUUCUUUCACGGCGGAACUUUGUGAGGAAGCGGUAACUCGGUGAAUGCAUCAGUAACACCCACGAUGGCCAGCAAACGCAAAGCGGACGGGCAGGUUCCGGCGGAGGAGAAUGACCUACUUCUGAUCCGGCCACUGGGUGCCGGCCAGGAGGUGGGCCGCUCCUGCAUCAUGCUCGAGUUCAAGGGCAAAAAGAUCAUGCUGGACUGCGGCAUCCACCCGGGACUGUCCGGGAUGGACGCGCUGCCGUUUGUGGAUCUGAUCGAGGCGGACGAGGUCGAUUUGCUGUUUAUAUCGCACUUUCAUCUGGACCACUGCGGGGCGUUGCCGUGGUUCUUGCAGAAAACGAGCUUCAAGGGUCGCUGCUUUAUGACCCACGCCACGAAGGCCAUUUACCGGUGGAUGUUGUCGGAUUACAUCAAGGUGAGCAACAUCAGCACGGAGCAGAUGCUGUACACGGAGGCGGACCUGGAGGCGAGCAUGGAGAAGAUCGAGACGAUCAACUUCCACGAGGAGCGGGACGUGAUGGGGGUGCGGUUCUGGGCGUACAACGCAGGGCACGUGCUGGGGGCGGCCAUGUUCAUGAUUGAGAUUGCCGGGGUGAAGAUUCUUUACACGGGGGACUUUUCCCGCCAGGAGGAUCGUCACUUGAUGGCGGCGGAGAUUCCGACGAUGAAGCCGGACGUGCUGAUCACGGAGUCAACGUACGGGACGCACAUCCACGAGAAGCGCGAGGAUCGCGAGAGUCGGUUCACCUCGCUGGUGCAGAAGAUCGUCCAGCAGGGUGGCCGCUGUCUCAUUCCGGUGUUUGCCCUGGGGCGAGCCCAAGAGCUGCUGCUCAUUCUGGACGAGUACUGGAGCCAGAACCCCGAACUGCAGGAGAUCCCCAUCUACUACGCUUCUUCCCUCGCGAAGAAGUGCAUGGCCGUCUACCAGACCUACAUCAACGCCAUGAACGACAAAAUCCGCCGCCAGAUCGCCGUCAACAACCCGUUCGUGUUCCGGCACAUUUCCAACCUCAAAGGCAUCGACCACUUCGAGGACAUCGGCCCCUGCGUCGUAAUGGCCUCCCCCGGUAUGAUGCAGAGUGGCCUCUCCCGCGAACUGUUCGAAACCUGGUGCUCCGACCCGAAAAACGGCGUCAUCAUCGCCGGUUACUGCGUCGAAGGAACGCUCGCCAAAACCGUCCUCUCCGAGCCCGAGGAAAUCACCAGCAUGUCCGGCCAAAAGCUCCGGCUCAACAUGUCCGUCGACUACAUCUCCUUCUCCGCCCACACCGACUACCAGCAAACGAGCGAGUUCAUCCGCCUCCUGAAACCAACCCACGUCGUCCUCGUCCACGGCGAGCAGAACGAAAUGAACCGCCUGAAGUCAGCGCUCCAACGCGAGUACGAAAACGACCCGAACGCGAACAUUACGCUGCACAAUCCGCGCAACACGCACGCCGUCGAGCUGUACUUCCGCGGUGAGAAGACGGCCAAGGUGAUGGGCAAUCUCGCAGUCAAGAGUCCCGAAGAGGGCCAGAAGCUGUCCGGGGUGCUGGUGAAGCGGGACUUUAAGUACCACCUGCUGGCGGCGUCCGAUUUGUCGAAAUACACCGACAUGAGCAUGUCGGUGGUGACGCAGCGGCAGAGCAUCCACUGGCAGGGUUCGAUCGCGAGCCUGCGCAUGCUGCUGGACCGGGUCGGCGGACCGGGAACCGUCGCCACGGACGCCCCCGAUGCCGGCGAGAAGCGCUUCCGGGUGUUUGACUGCGUGGACGUGUCGUUCGACGGCAAGAUCGUCAUCAUGGAGUGGCAGGCGACGCCCGUCAACGACAUGUACGCGGACACGGUGCUGGCCAGUCUGCUGCAGUCGGAGCUGAGCGGCAGCAUGGUGAAGGGGGCGACGGCGAGCAAGCCCGACCGGAUGCACUUUAAGGAGUGCCUCAUCGAGACGCUGCAGGACAUGUUCGGGGCGAACUCGGUGCCGAAGCUGUUCAAGGGGGACAGUUUGAGCGUGACCGUGCACGGCAAGCAGGUGGACAUCAAUUUGACCACAUUGGAAGUAACGUGCGAUCAGGACGAGGGGCUCUACCAGACGGUGAAAACAACGGUCAACAAGUUGCACCAGAACUUAGUACAAGUAUCCUAAAAGGAUCGGGCGCAAAUUUGCCUCUUGAGGAAUAUCCGAGUUACACCAUUCUUACACAACACUACACAUUAUUCAAUAAACAAUAAAAUGAGACUAUGUUCUUUAAAUAUG